AGGGAGGUACAAAAUUGUUGAGAAACAGAGAAGAAAAUCAUGGAGGGCGAAAGGGAAAGGCUGAACCCGGAGAUGCAGCAGCAGCUGAAUUUGGAGUCUGUAAAAACCAGAGCUCUGUCCCUCUUCAAGGCCAUCUCCCGCAUCCUCGAAGACUUUGAUGCCUACGCUCGCACCAACACCACUCCCAAAUGGCAGGAUAUAUUGGGGCAGUAUUCGAUGGUAAACCUUGAGCUUUUCAACAUUGUUGAGGAAUUAAAGAACGUCUCCAAGCUAUAUGUUGUUCAUCCCAAGAAUGUCAAUGCCGAAAAUGCUCCAAUACUACCGGUUAUGUUAUCCUCGAAGCUACUGCCUGAAAUGGAAAUUGAUGAUAAUUCUAAGAGAGACCAGUUGCUCCAUGGGAUGCAGAACUUGCCUAUACCGUCACAAAUUGAGAUGUUGAAGAAUAGAAUUACCAUGAUUGCUGCAGUCUGUGAUAGUGCUGAAAAAGUACUAGCUGAUACCCGUGCAGCAUAUGGUAUUGGAUCAGGAACUCGCCAAGGUUUACCAAUUCGUCCAACUCUUGACAAGGGUCAGGCAGCAAAGAUUCAAGAACAGGAGAACUUACUCCGAGCUGCUGUAAAUUUUGGUGAAGGCCUACGGAUUUCUGCAGACCAGAAGCAGAUUACCUCUUCACUUCCGGUCCAUUUGGCAGAUGUGCUGGCAGUAGGUGAUGGGAUGCAUAGUUUUUCUGAUCCAUCUGGAAUGUACGUGAAGAACACUCCUCCUAUGCCAUCAAACAACAUCAGCAGUCAAGGAACCAUGUUACAGUCUUCUGGAGCACAACUUAUUGGAAGAUCAGCUGCUUCUCCUGCAGCUACUGGCACUCCCUCUUUUGAUAACACAACAACGUCUCCACUUCCAUAUGCCAAUUCACCUAGAUCUGGAACAAACAUGAUGAAUACUCCAUCUCCUCAGCAACAAACCCAACAGCAACAACAGCAACAACAACAGCAGCAGCAGCAACAGCUACAGCAGCAGCAGCAGCAGCAGCAGCAGCCGCAGCAGCAAAGGCAAAAAUUGACAAUGUCUCAGCAUCAACUCCUUGCUCAGCAACAGUUCAGGCAGUCAUCAAUGCAAGGAAUGGGACAGAAUCAGCUGCCGCUACAUGAUCUGCAGGUUCAAGCUCAACAGAAGUUUCAGUCGGUACAUGGGCAGCAUCAAAUGCAAUUUUCUCAGUCAUUGGGCCAAUUUCAGAGUAGGCAGCUGCCUUCUGGACACGCUCAACAUGGGAUUGGUCAAAGCCAACUCAACCAAGGAAGUCAGUUAUUAAAUCGUCAUCUAACCCAAUUCUCUGGUCCAGCUAAUAGCACACUGUUUAAUGCUGCCCAGGGCACACCAAAUACCCAAAUGAUUCCUAAUGUAUCAGCUACAAUGUCAUCACAAUCACUUAUGCCAAGGAUGCAGUAUGGAUUACCAGGUAGCAAUUCUCAGCGGCAAAUCUUAACAGACCAAAUGUUCAAUAUGGGAACAUCAAAUCCUAGUGGUAUGAUGCAAAUGCAACAACAGCAGCAACAACAACAGCAACAACAUACGGCUCAAGGUGCAUUUGGCAACAUGCCAGCAAAUUCUCAAAAUCUGCAAGCCAAUAUGGUAGCACUACAAAAUAAUCCACAAAAUCAUCCAAAUUUUGCGCAGAGACAGCAAAAUCAGCAGUGAUAUCGACUAUAAUCAAUGACAGCAACAACAAUUUUCUUUUUCCCUUUUUUUUUUUUAUCCAUUACUCUUAAUGAAGUCACUUUUGUUUGUUUUCAUAACUGCAAAUUAGAAGUUAUCUAUAAUAUAUUUGGAGAAAUUUG